AUGACUAUCGCAGAAGAGCUCCGGUCGCGUAACUUCAGUAUAUACGGUCAAUGGGCUGGUAUUAUCAGCAUGGUGCUGUGCUUCGGUCUCGGCAUUGGCAACAUCUUCCUCUUCCACUGGGUCAUCCUGUUCGCCGUGAUAUGCCUUAUCUGCUCGUUCAUCAUCCUCUUUGUCGAAGUGCCUCUCCUCCUGCGCGUCUGCCCGACCUCGUCCACUUUUGAUACAUUCAUCCGCCGAUUCGAGACCAACUACAUGCGCGCCGCAAUCUACCUUGCCAUGAGUGUCAUCCAAUGGAUCUCGCUCGCCGUCAAAACCACCAGUCUCAUCGUCGCCGCCAUCGUCCUGCUUAUCACAGCACUCUUCUACGCAUUGGCUGGUGUUAAGGGCCAAGGUUUCGUUGGAAGCAAGACUUUGGGUGGUCAUGGUGUCGCUCAAAUGAUUGUCUAG